CAAACAGAUCGACCUUUAUUUACAAUCUCGUUCUAUUUUUGACACAAUUCAAAGUCAUGAAUGAGUGAAAAUGUCAUUCAAUUGUACGAUCUAACUUUGAACCUGUUGCGACUGCCCUUUCUCUCGCCCAUUCCCUACUAGACUAGGAACGCACGCACCUGUGCACACUCUGUGCGAGAACCCUUUUCUCCAAGUUUCCGACCUCAAUGUCGAAUAACCCACCUCCGCCUCCGCCACCUGCUUCUGCACCAUCAACGACCAUAACAACCUCGACGACCCAACGCUCCUCGUUGGUUGAACUGAAAUGUGAUUUAGCUAGUAACAAUAACAAUCCGAAUUUGAUCCAGCUGACGUUCAACACUUCCGGCGAAUGCACCUGGGCCACCCAGUAUCCAGAGAUCCAGAAGGCAUGCUACCUUAGACGGAUAUGUCAGUUUGCGCCUCCGAAGGAGUUGCGUGUCCAAAACGUAACGCCUAUCCUGCAAACUGGUCCAACGUGUGGACUAACCGCGCUCAGCAUAUUUUUCGAGGGAUCUCCGUCGGUGAAAACGUUCCUCGACAUGGCCCGGGCCCGGGGCUACACCAACAAUGGAGAAAUGUUUUCCGCGCGACAGCUGAACGAUCUGCUGGCUCAGGGGUUGGAAAACAAUCGCCACCUUUGUGAGUACAAAACCGUGUCCCACACCGUGAUAGACGAGGGCUGGCUCGACGACUCGAGCACCAGAAAGCAGCUGCGAAACGGGUCCAUCUUUGUAGUGCCAUAUGAUCCAGACAGGAACCACACGCCAUGCCUCAACAGGGGACACAAGGCUCAUUGGGCACUGAUUGUAGGAUAUCUGAUUGACCAAUUUGACGACUACUACGUAUUUGCCCGCCAUGGCAAAACCAAAAACCUCGCAUUGUGGUCCCUGCGCGAUUUGGCCCACAGCAACGCCAACUUGUUCGAGUUUUGCCAGCCAAUCAGUCACGCGGACGAGGUGUUUGUCCUGCCGGAAGGGGGCAUCGCCGGGAGCAACGGAUUGCGGAGCCAGUUUAUCAUGAUCGAACACUACCGAGCCAGGGACGAGAUUGUGUUUUGAAUGAUGCAGGAAGAACGCGCCCAAGUUUGAGUUGUAUUUGAGUUAUUCUAUUCUCUAGUAUAUCUUUGUCUGGUUUUGGCGAGAUGUAAUAUAUUUACGUUGUUUUUUUUUUUGGUAUGAGUUUUGAGCACACAGUAAAUUACGUAUUUCUUAUACUCUCACGUACGUUACCCAUUGAAACAGUAUUGGGAAGAGAGUCAUAUAUUUAUCUAUUUAUUUAUUUAUUUAUCAAUCAUCCACAUAACCCUGCAGUUAUUCCAAAAUUUAUGUAUUUUAUGUUAUAAUAAACUCAAUACCUUCAAUACAAA